GCCUCCUACCUCUGAGUGUAGCUGCAAACCGGGUGCAUCCUAGCUGGCCAUGGAGACCCCCGCACAGCGGCUGCAUCUUCUCCCGCUGCUGUUGCUUCUUUGUGGUGAGUGUCCCCAGGUGUGCGGCUGCAAUGAGACUGGGAUGCUGGAGAGGCUGCCCCGCUGUGGGAAGGCCUUCGCUGACAUGAUGAACAGGGUGGACGUCUGGAAGUGGUGCAACCUGUCCGAGUUCAUCGUGUACUACGAAAGCUUCACUAAUUGCACGGAGUUAGAGACCCGCAUCGUGGGCUGCUACUGGCCCAACCCGCUGGCCCAGAGCUUCAUUACCGGCAUCCACAGGCAGUUCUUUUCCAACUGCACCGUGGACAGGACCCACUGGGAGGAUCCCCCAGACGAGGUGCUCAUCCCACUGAUCGCCGUGCCAGUCCUGCUGACGGUGGCAAUGGCUGGCCUGGUGGUGUGGCGCAGCAAGCGCACCGACCGGCUGCUCUGAGCGUCUGACGGAUGGAAGGCCAGGCCUGGCAAGCUGGAAGAAUGUUGCCCAGGGCUUGUGAAAGCUGGUGGACACUGCCUCUGUCUGGUCUGCUUUGGCCACAUCUUGCCUGGUCACGGCAGAGUCCUCCUGCCCAGGCUGAUGUGGCCAUUGCUGUCCAGCCUGCUGCCUCCCAGAAAGAGUGAAGCACUCUUUCUGGGAAGAAAGUGACAAAGCUCAAGUUUGUGUACCAGGUGUCGAAAUCAUCUGCUGUUGAGCUCCGCACUCCCCAGGCUGGGCUCCCCACUCUCAAGCCAACCCCAGCCCAGGUCCUGACCUGUUUCUAGCCCUGACCCUGACCCCUGAUACACUUGGGCAGAGAGGGCAGGCAAGGCCAUCUGGAAGAUGGAAUCCUGAGCCCUUCAGUUCAGGAGACUGAGUACAUCCUCUGUUGGACAUGAAGGCUAGCCUGGAGAGUGAGGGAUGGAGUCAUUAAGAGCCACCUGACCUGCAGUUCUGCCUGCCUUCGCUCUGAUCCAUCAUGAUUUUGUCUCCAAUGUGGGCUGGAGCUGGGGCUUGGUCAACCCUUCAGAGACACCUACCCUGCUGGUGUGGUGUGAGCCUCCUUUUUGAGGGGGGUUCCCAGGAGUAAGAUAUGCUCUGAGUAGCGUGUGCUCAAGGGUUCUGUCUGUUGAUGUCUGUUCCUUUUGAUUAAAGAAUCUCCUUACA